GCCGGUAGUGGCGUGGAGGAGAGCGACUUUCUACCGGUCGACAUUGUGGUCAAUUGGAUCGGCGAGCGUGUAGCCCUCGCAUUCUUUCACGCCGUCCUAGGUCAGUGUCCCGCGUCUAUCCGUGUGGCUUCGCGCUGCUUUAGCGCCCAUGGCACGCGCUGACCGAGGCAUGCAAUGCGGCCAUCGGAAUCCUGCAGACAAUUCACACGAAGAUAACGACGAAUCCCAGAAGAGUGCUUGGAGCAAUUGGUGCGGCGCGGAGAGGGAGAACCUUCAGCAGGACUAUACGCAACGAAUAUGGAGCGACGUUCUGGCUACGAGACCGCCCACGAGCUCUACAGCUUCGCCUUCCUUCGUAUUUCAGAUCCUGCGCAAUGACGCCAGCCCAUCGAUUCUGCUCUCCUGGCCUCCUCCACGAUUAUUUCCCUCGACAGUCACGGCUCCGCGUCACUUUUUGGGUCCGGACCCAGCUUUCACCGACGGAUCCUACUUUGCCUCCGAUUUUGCUGCGCUUGCGCAGGGCAUCUCAGCAUCUGGUCAGGCGGCGGGCAGCGAUGCGAGCACUUCUUGCACAAGGAGAGUCAGGGGAAAGCACUCUCUCACGACCGAGGCGCGCUUGAGAACCGUGGAAAGCGUACUCAUUCCGUACGGAGCCAUUACUUUUGCCUGUUUCUCCAUCACCUUUGACCAGCCUUUGGUCAGCGCAAUUCCGGAUCCUCUACCUUCGGUCGCUGAGCUGAAACCUCGACUGUCUAGAUUGCCUACGCCGCCACCAAGCAUCAAGACGAGCAGCACAGGUCAGAAGAGGAAUAGCGUCAGCGAAGAUGGGGUUCGUCGCUCGCAUGCGCGGACGCCCUCUCCGCCGGAGGGUACCGCGCAGAAGAAGAAGCGCCAAAAGACGAUCAAAGGAAGUGGCGAUGCUGCGCAAGUAUCGUCCGCCGCAGCGUACAACUCGCAGCCUUACAACGAGAGCCGAAGAUCAAGCUUGGGCCUCGACUCUCUGGCCAGUGCAGCCUCGCUCGAUGCGCAAGCUCUUGCACUGGCUGGCAGAGAAUCCGAAGAGAUGCCGCCCCCUCCGCCUCCUUCCAAAGCCAAGAGCUCGAGAGCAAAGGCUGCACAAUCUCAGCCUUCGAACAACAGCUCUCACAGCGUCUCACCCACCUCAACAGCCUCUCUCGGUAAGGGCAAAAGGGUGGAUGGUGAGCAGGAAGGUGCUGCGUCUCGAACUUCUCCGACAUCUGCGGUGGAGGACAAGGAUAAAAAGUGCGGUAGCUGCGGUGUAGCAAAUAGCCCAGAGUGGAGAAAGGGGCCGACUGGCGAAAAGACUCUCUGCAACGCUUGCGGACUUCGAUACGCGCGAUCCGUCACGCGGCUUCGAAAGAAGGAAGAGAAUGCGAGAAAAGCUGCAGAGAUGGCUGCGAGCGUCGGCAUCUUUCCUCAGCAGCAAGAUGCUCAUCAGACAUCUCGAGAUGAUGAACAGCUUUCAAAAUCGACGACUUCUCCCAUGAGCGGCGGUGCAGCUUCCCCCGCGUAGAUCUCUGGGUCUCUUCGCAUCGACGAUUUUCCGAGCUGCUCGGGCCAACCGUAGUGCUGCACGUGCCGAAGCAUGCACGGAAAACGUACAAAUCACAUUUCGAUCACGCUCCGGCUUGUAGCAACGACACACGCAAUUGCGCUU